GUGAAGCAAAGCACAGCGGAACAACAAGGAGAGAGUCGGGGAGGGAUUAGUAGUUCACUGUGCUUAUCUGCAUGUGAUAUGGUAGCGAACAAAAGUGUUAGAAGUGUUUUUUCUUUUCUUUUGAGCUCAGCGGUGUUUUCGGCUACAUGAAGGCCCGCGUCAAUCUAAGUUUAUGUUAGCAGUCUGACGUUAGCUCCUGCGGCUAGCUCACUCCUGCUGCUGUGACUUCACACAACUUGUCAACAGCCGAUCGAUCCUGGACGGGACAGUAGCGACUGUUUUUCGCCCCAUGUUUUUUUUACCCUGGCACAUUUCUCGUAGCGUAAACAUCCCCUGAACCAGCAGCAGUAUUGGGAGAGUGGAACUAUGAUGACAACGUGACAGGAGGGGAGCCGCUGAGACAGCUUAAACUGCAACCAUGGAAGGUACUAAGAAGCGCGAAAGGGUGAACGGCCACAGCAAGUCCAAAUCCCCCCAGGACUCGGCUGAUGUCAGGUGGACGCCACCCGAGGGAGAGUUUGGAGGUUCAGACAGCUGUGGGAGGACAAGUGUGUCAGACCUGCAAGAGUUAAAGGCCAAGGAAAGUGAUGAUGAAGAGGAGAAGGAGGUAGUUCCUCCCUCUAAAGGCCUGAAAGGGGACCAGAAGAAAAAAGAGAAAGAGAUUCUGGAUCAGGAGGAAAACAAUCACGGCAAGCAAAACAGCAGUGCAGCUUCCACCUACACAGACCUGUCUCACACCUCGUCACCCUCGCUGUCAGAACAGCUGCGUCUCGGCCAAAACGACAGCACAGCGUCUGGGAUCAGCGUGGAGUGUAAGGUCUGCGGGGACAAGGCCUCUGGCUUUCACUACGGGGUGCAUGCCUGCGAGGGUUGCAAGGGCUUUUUCCGGCGUACCGUGCGAAUGAAACUGGAAUACGAUCGCUGCGAGCGCGCCUGCAAGAUUCAGAAGAAGAAUCGUAACAAGUGCCAAUACUGUCGCUUUCAGAAGUGCCUUUCUUUGGGAAUGUCGCAUGAUGCAAUCCGAUAUGGACGUAUGCCUGAGGCGGAGAGGAAGAAGCUGGUGGCGGGCCUGCUUGCUGAAGAAGUAAACCUCAGCAAACCAGGUGGCUCAGACCUGAAGACAUUGGCCAAACAAGUCAACACCGCCUACCUGAAGAACCUCAUUAUGACCAAGAAGAGGGCCCGCAGCAUCCUGUCGGGCAAAACCAGCAGCACCUCGCCGUUCGUGAUCUACGACAUGGACACGCUCUGGAAGGCAGAAGGGGGUUUGGUGUGGAGCCAGUUAAUUCAAGGUGCGCCCCUCACCAAGGAGAUCGGGGUCCAUGUGUUCUACCGCUGCCAAUGCACCACCGUGGAGACCGUGCGAGAGCUCACCGAGUUUGCCAAGAGCAUUCCGGGCUUUGUGGACCUCUACCUUAAUGACCAGGUGACUUUGCUGAAGUAUGGUGUGCAUGAGGCUAUAUUUGCCAUGCUGCCCUCUCUCAUGAACAAAGAUGGACUGUUGGUGGCCAAUGGUAAAGGCUUUGUGACCAGGGAGUUCCUGCGCAGCUUAAGAAAGCCCUUCAGUGAGAUCAUGGAGCCCAAGUUUGAGUUUGCAGUCAAGUUUAACGCUCUGGAGCUGGAUGACAGUGACCUGGCCCUGUUUGUUGCUGCCAUUAUUCUCUGUGGAGAUCGUCCCGGGCUAAUGAACGUGAAGCAGGUGGAGCAGAGUCAGGACAACAUCCUCCAGGCCCUGGACCUCCACCUACAAGCAAACCAUUCUGACUCAGCCUACCUCUUCCCCAAGCUGCUGCAGAAGAUGGCCGACCUUCGUCAGCUAGUUACUGAGAACGUUCAGCUCGUCCAAAAGAUCAAAAAGACUGAGUCGGAGACCUCGCUCCACCCUCUACUACAGGAGAUCUACAAAGACAUGUAUUAGUAUUCCCCAGCACAGACUUGCUUUUAGCAAUACUGUUACAGACUGAAUUAACCUUCAUGAUACUACACUGCAUUCAGUACAAGCACUGUUCCACGUACGGGCAUGGAUUUUAACAUGCAGAUGAGGCAAA